CCAAUGGUUAUCAGUACUGAUACUGUAGCCAUUCUCGAUCCUCACAAACGGUUUGUUAAAGAAGACUAUGAACCAGAAUUAGCACACUUCCUUUCUCAUUCUGGCCACGCCGCAUGCUUUGAUGGUGUAUUUGGUCUUACUCCUUUAACAACAUCCUACAAUGCAACACUUUUUCGAUUUCCUCUCCGUAAGACUAACUCACAGUCUGAAAUAGUUCAAGGUGAGUAUUCCCCUGAUAGAGUCAAAGGAUUUCUUUAUAAUUCUUUCAUUAACGAGGCUCCAGUUAUAAUGCUCUUCCUUAAGUAUGUUCAAGAGAUUAGCUUGUAUGAUAAUGAUAAGCUUAUUUAUAAAGUAUCCAUUGAUCAAUCGCAAGUAUCUGCAAUAGAGCGUGAAAGACAAGCCCUGCUUAAACUCGCUGAGCGUACCUCUCUCUCUUGCUCACUCAGAGUUUACUCUAUGAGUAUCCAGACUCAAGACCAGAGGAUGUCACAUUAUGAGCCACUCUCAUGGUAUCAUUGGCUAGUAAUUAAUAUGAUUGGAUCAAGUGAUAAGAAGAUUAUCGCAAUGAGUAAAGAUCAGAAUAACAUUCCAUGGGUAGGUGUAGCAGCUCCUUUACCACACCAGACCAAUAUUAAUCUGUCAUUGAGGAAUUGUACUACAAGUGAUAUAGUUGCUUGUAUUACAGAACUGAAGAAAGGAAUACUUCAUAGCCCUCUCUCUCUUCCGUGGUGUGAUAGUGCUAGGGGACAUCUUGAUGGCCAGGUCUUUUGUUUUCUCCCUCUUCCUGGAACCACUAAUCUCCCUGUUAAUAUUCAUGGAUAUUUCUCUGUCAGUGAUAACAGGCGCACUAUAGAGUGGCCUGCUGCUGAUAAUAAGAGUGCCAAGGCAUUAUGGAAUGAAGCUCUACUGAAGUCUCACAUUGCUCCACUCUACUCAAUCCUACUCGCUCUUAGAUCUUCAUUACUAAGAUACGCUAACACUCCUCUUCCAUUAGUAGAGUCUGAGAAUAGCGACAUUACUGAUCCAUAUGCUGCAUGGCCUCUAUUUUCUAAAGUUAAAUUUCACCAUAUCUGGAGGGACUUGGUUGCACCUACACUAGAUGGAGUUGCUGGUCUUCCUAUUCUCUGGACAGCAGCUGAAGGAGGCAUAUGGGUUAAACUCCAGGAUGCAUUUUAUCUUCCUGCAGCUCCCACUUUUCCCAUACCAAAAACGGUCAUCGAGCUGUUAGUGAGAGUAAAUGUUCCAAUUGUUAGUUUGCCAACAGAAAUACGAGAGACAUUAACUGAAUGUGGUCUCAGGGACAUACUUAACCAUAAAGUUUUGAGUCCAGCUUUGAUUAGAUAUUUUCUGAAACAACUUUCUCAGGGGUCUCUAGGCCUCAAUGAUAAAGAGAAAGUUCAGGAUGUGCUGGAGUGUAUUCUUUAUGAUAUUGAUAACAGCAACUGCACUGAAUUAGUUGGAUUAAGUCUUUUGCCAGUUUAUGAAAGGAAGUUUAAAACAGUUUAUUUCAAAGAGACAAUAAGAUCCGAAAGUGAACGCCUGUACUUGGUUGAUCAAAAUGAAGCUUUGGAAUUUCUUCCUAACAUUGAGGGCUCUUUGGUGCAUCAAGGCCUAAGAAGAUCAAUUUUUUCCAAGUUACAUAGUUUAGCUAAGAGAAGAAACCUUCAACUUAGCCCUUUCACACCUGAUGCUAUAAUAUCUCAUCUAUUGCCAUUGAGUAUUCUUUCCUGGUACCCUAAGCUACACAAGAGCUCAAGUCCUGUACAAUGGACACCAGGUCAAAAUAAUCAUCCUCCUCAAGAAUGGAUUACUCAUGUUUGGAAUUGGCUCAACAGGAAUUGCGCAUCAUUAUCAGAGCUUGAGGGUCUGCCAUUAAUACCAACCAUUAAGCUUAAUAAGCAUUUCAAUAACAUUUCUUUGUUAUGUUUACCUAAGAGCAGUACUGGAUCAUUUUUCUUCAAUAAAGAGGCAGAUGAUGAUGAGAUUCAAUUAGCUGAUCUUCUUCUGAAAAUGAGAGCCACUGUUGUCAAGCACAAUCAGUUUGUUUUCACUCAUCAAGAAAUUAAGAAGUACAUAUUUAAAAUCAACAUACAAACUGUCCUCCAAUAUAUUGGAAAGAUUGGUGUUCAAGCUACUUCGUCACUUUUGACCGAAAAUGAUAAAGUUCUUCUUCGCUCUUCAAUCGUAAACUUUUACAAAUCUCGUGGUAUUUCAUUUGCUGAUUUGAUAAAGAAGCUCCCAAUAUUUGAAGCAGGAGUUGGAGCGAAUCCUAGACAAUUAGUCAGCGUCAAUCAAGGAUACAUUUUGCCUCAUCCACGCAUUGAUUUUAAAGAUGACCUCCAUUAUCCUCCAAAUUUCUUUAACAAUGCUGAUUAUGAUGUAUGCGUAUUAUUACAAAAACUAGGUUGCUCUGUGCUAGGACUAGAUGAUAUACUUAUUAAAUGCGUUAUGCCAUUUGCAUUGCAGCAGUGUAGGAACAGUCCUCAUCGCUGGUGCAAUGGUGAUGAGCUCUUUCUUUUCAUUCUUAAUCAUGUCAGAAGCUAUGGUGCAUUAAGUAACAUAGCGUUUGUUCGUACACAAGCUGAUAUGAAGGUUUUAAAGUGUCCAGGAGAACUUUACGAUAUCAGUGAUGAGCAAUUCACAAAAAUUUUUGAAGCACAAUUGGAGCCAUUUUUUCCGCAUCAAAAUUAUUAUGAUAAAGGUGUUUCUGAAAAGUUACAACAAACUGGCCUUGUUACAUGGAAGAAGCUGGUAAAAGACGCUUACAAACUAACAUCUUUGAUGAAAGAGAGAGCAAGUGCAGUUAGAAGAAUAUCAAACCAGUCCGUUGCUAUUGAUAGAAGCUGUUUUCUAAUUGAAGUGAUAACGUCAGUACCAGCUGGACUUUCUCAUAAGAUAAUGGCAGAAUUAUCAACAGUUCCCUUUUUAGCAGUGCAAGUACUACAACCUGAUCAAUAUCCACGCUGUCUUCAAUGGUUUGGAGCUAGAAAGAAGAGAGAUCUGUUUGAAGCACCAUGUAAUGUUCACAUGUAUGAUGCUAAUCCAUAUCUUAUUGGAGCUGUGGCUCCAAUAUUAAGCUCUGCGUAUUUCAAACAAAAUAUGAACUCAAUAAGACCUUUUACAAUGUCUGUAACUAUUAAUGAUGUCAUUGCACAGCUUAAUAUUCUUGUUUCUUCUGUUAAACUCCCACUUUCUACCUCUGAAGAGGUUACAAGCAUUACGUCAUGUGUAUGCAGCAUAUACAAUUACCUUAAUAAUCAUAGUAGUAGUAUAUCAAAGCAUGAUUUACCAGCUAAAUGGAUAUGGUGGCAGAAUGAGGGAGGGCUAUAUACUUUCGUGGAUUCCAUUUUUUUUGUAUGGCACUCAAUCAUUUCACUCAGUCCUUUCAUUCAUAGUCUCAUGCAGAAUCCACAGUAUGCCUUAUAUAGGAAUCUUUUCAUUAAAUCUGGAGGCAUACAAGAGUCUCCUGCAAUAGAUGAAAUUGCAGGUGUCCUGCAUAGAAUAGCUUCAACUUUCUCACAACUGGAUGAGAAAUACCUUGAAAUGGUCAUUAACAUUAUUUUAUAUCUCAAGUCUAAGAGUUUCUCUGGUAAUGUUUAUCUACCAACUACAGACUGCCUGAUCCUGCCAGCCAAAGAUUGUACGUAUGAUGACAGAGAGUGGAUCAGGAAGCGUGUAGGAGCUGGAAUAAGUAAAUAUAAGUUUGUACAUGAGAAAAUUCCACCAGUAGCAGCAAAAUAUUUUGGUGUAGAACCGCUUAGUAAAAAGGUAGCACCAUCAAUGGGAUUAGAACUAACUUACACUAAAGCAGGUCAAUCUGAGAGAGUCACAAGACGCAUUGGCGGUAUAGUUCGUGACUAUAGUGGCAAUAUUGAUGUUUUUAAAGAGCUAAUACAGAAUGCAGAUGAUGCUGGAGCUAGUAAAGUGAAACUACUCAUAGACUGGAGACAUCAUGGAACGGAAUCAGUUAUUGCUGAAGAAAUGAGCCAGUGGCAAGGACCAGCUUUGAUUGCUUAUAAUAAUGCGACAUUCUCUGAUCAAGAUUUUAAAAAUAUAUGUGAGUUAGCUGCUGAGUCUAAAAUGAAGGAUCCCAUGAAGACAGGACGUUUUGGAGUCGGUUUUUGUGCCUGCUAUUCUCUCACUGAUGUCCCUAGCUUUGUUAGUCGUCACUCAAUAACUAUAUUUGAUCCUCACACUAAGUACCUUGGAGAUAGAGUCACUCAUAAUGAACCAGGCAUGAGGAUAAACCUAGUGGAGAAUAGGGAAGACCUCACUGUAUACAAGGAUCAGUUUGUCCCGUUUGAUGGUCUUUUUGGCUGCCACAUAUUUGAAUUGACUGGUGAGGGUUUUGAUGGAACUCUGUUUAGAUUCCCAAUGAGAAUGGACUCAUUUCCUAAGAGUGAAAUAUGUAAUGAUCAUUAUGAUGAAUAUCAUAUUGAUAGUCUCAUAAAGGAAUUGAGACGUGAAGCCAAUAAUAUUCUACUUUUUCUCAAAAAUGUGCAGUCACUAGAAUUUUAUGUAAUACCUAAGACUGCCAAAAGCCCAUCAGAAAUGAAACUUCAAUUUAAAAUUGAGAAAGAAUCCAAGGAACAUAGUGCAAGGCUCCAAAUAAUAAGAGAUCCACAUUAUGUUACUAACCCUCUCUGUUCACUAGUUACUAUUAAUUUUCAAGAUGAUUCAGGCAGUUCAAAAUCACAAUUAUUAGUAGCAACGGCUCUUGCUAAAACUGCUCUUCCAAACUCUAAACCUGGUCUACUCCCAUUAGCUGAACUGGCCAUACCAAUUUCACCUGAUUCCUGUUGUCCUCUUAAACUUAAGGACAAUGGUAGCCUUUUCUGUUUCCUUCCACUUCCACUCAAAAGUUAUGUACCUUUUCACAUUAAUGGGUUUUUUGAUAUUGGUAAAGACCGUCGGGGAUUGAAGGAAGCCACACAAAGCUUAGAGUUUCAAUGGAAUGAAGGACUCAUUACAGCUGUGUUACCAUUUGCUCUUGAAUCAGCACUAGCAAAACUAGCUAAACAGCUUAAAACUCUUAGCAGUGAGACCCUGAAACAAUAUUAUUCCUUGUGGCCUGGUGACUAUUCCUCUAGUGAUGACAGGCGUAACUGGUUAUCAGGAGUUUUUAGUACAGCAGCAAUGAAUGUACUGAUUAAUAGUAAAGAGAAGCUGAUGUGGUCUACUGCAAAUGGUGGCUUAUGGGUUACUCCAAGGGAAUCUUAUUUGUUUAUUAAUGAUGCUAGAUUGCCUAAAGAGAUUGAAAGUGAAGCAAUGACUUUGAUCAAGUCUGAAGGAUACCCUCUGAUUGAGUGUCCUCCUCAUGUUGUCAAAUCUCUCACAACAAUGCUGGCCAGCAAUAAUCAUAUUUUAAGCUAUCAAUGGUUCUUUACAACUGUUUUUUUACCAAAUAUUAACAGUAUUAGUGAGCCUAUUAGAACAAACCAAAUCAUGUUUGUUCUUCAAAAAAUUAAAGAAGAGCAACACAUGUACUUUAAUAAAAAGUACUCUUGGGCUAUUUCACCACUAAAAGAUACUGCUUGCAUAUCUGUGUCCAGCUUGAGCAGAUUAGCAAAACCAUGUGAUCUUAUAGACACUUCAUGUAAACCUAUGGCUCAAUUGUAUGAUGAGACUGAAGGUUUUUUUCCUGAUAAGAAGUUUCAUAAGGUAUCAGAUAUACUGAAUAUGCUUGGAAUGAUUUCACAAGAACUGCCACUUGAUAUGCUAGCAGAAAGAGCCCGUACUGUCUCGAUUCUUGAUAAGCAAGCAGCUGAAGGAAGGAUGAUGUCAUUGUUAUUCUACAUUCAUUAUGUCGAGAAUCGUGAUAUUCAACAUAGAUACAUGUACAGUCAGAAAGAAACAGAACUGAAAAAAAGAGAAGAAAGAAUCAAUGUUUUAAAAGAUAUUCCAUUUCUUCUUUCUGUUCCUAAGCCAGAUAGUGCUUCUGUUCCAUGGAACUGUAACACAAAAAAUUUUUUACCUCCCUCACAAUUAUACUCACCAGCACAUUCUUGUCUUGUAUUUGCUUCAGUUCCAUUGGUUAAUAUUCCAAUAGCCUCUGAUAGUAAUAUUGAAAUUGAUAAGAUGGUUAAUUAUCUUGGUAUUAAUAAAAAUGAACCAACACUGAACGUAGUACUUGAUCAUUUGUGUGAGCUAAUACAACACUUAAAUUUACCAUCACUGGAUGAAUCUACGCUUCAAUAUAUUGAGAAAGAGAAAGUAUUUUUCAAAAUUUAUAACUUUAUUCAAAUAGCUCAAAAACCUCUGAGUUCACUAAGUAUUAAAGAUACUGCCAUUGAGAGGCUCCAAAACAAAAAGUGCAUCUGGCAAAAAGGAAAGCUACUCUACCCUAAGCAAGUUGUGUGUGAUUGGAAUGUAGAAGAAUGUCUUCCUUAUGUUGUUCCACUUUCUGAUACUAAUGUACACUUUAAAGAGCUUUUUGUAAUAUUAGGUGUACAGGUAGGACCAAGCAUUGAAUAUCUUUUUUCCUUGUUGGCACAGAUAAAUGAGGAUUUUUUUGAAACUCCUCUUAAAGAAGAUGUCUUGCAUCUCACUAUUCAAAUUGCUGAGAGGUUAUACUCUUUAUCACCAUCGUCUUCUGAUUUCCCUGUUAAUAGAGUUUUGUUACCAAAUGAUAAAGGCAUACUUUGCCCUGUUUCUAAACUAUCCUGUGAUCCAUUUGUUGACUCUGACUCUGAGUGGAUAUCACAAUUAUCAGAUUAUCAAGAUUUUGUCUUAAUAGGUGGCCGUCCAAUUUAUCCUAAAAUUCCAAGAGAAACUGCUUUAAGGCUUGGCGCUCGUCCUCUUCUUGAUACCAUUGUGAAACACAUAGAAGAUGAAAACUUCCUUGAUGACACAGAUUUUGGUCAAAGUGAAGACCUUGUUGAUCGAUUAAAUGGGAUACUCAAGAAAUACCCUGCUGACACUUCAAUAUUUCGUGAGUACAUACAAAAUGCUGACGAUGCUAAAGCAACAGAAAUAGUGUUUGUACUUGAUCACAGGAGCAAACAUCCACAGGAGAAGCUAUUGACAGAAGGCACGGAAUGGGCAUCAUUGCAACGUGUACCAGCACUGUGUAUUUAUAAUAACCGCCAAUUUAUGGAGGAAGAUAUUAAAGGAAUAUGUAAACUUGGAAGAGGAGGGAAAGGAGACACAGCUGAUACCAUUGGACGAUUUGGAAUUGGAUUUAAUGUCUCGUAUCACUUAACUGAUUGCCCAACAUUUGUAUCAUUUGACUCUCAUGGUCAUCCUAAAGACUUGUGUGUGUUUGAUCCAUUGAAAAAGUACUGUAAUAAAAAGAAAGGAAAUCCAGGAAGAAGAUGGAAAGUAAAUCAAAGGCACAUGAACCAAUUCCCUGAUCAAUUUAAGCCUUUUUUAGUUGAUGAAAUGGAGCAAAUGAAAGUAAUGGCUGAUUGUUUUGAAGACAAAAGCUCUGGAUUUGUUGUGUUUCGUCUACCAUUAAUACGUGACAAGCCACUAGGUUUUAUUCCGAUGAGCAAUACAAGGUGGUUGAUGGAAGGUAGAGCUCAUGAUGUACAUCAAGUCAUUCAACUGUUAAAUGAUUUCAAAGCUGCUUCAAAAGAUAUGCUCCUUUUUCUUAAUAAUAUCAAAAAUAUUUCAGUGUUUGAAAUAAAAGCAGACGGUAAUUGUGUUCAUCAUUUUUCAUCAAAUGCAACAGUAAAAAAUGAACCCAAAGGAACUUUCUUAAAGUUUGGUAGUACUCUGAUUCAAACUGUGGUUACACAUCAAGUGAACUUAGCAAAGGAAGAUGAUCAGGAAACAGUCACAAAAUGGCUUAUUAGUAAAAGAAGUGGAUUUCAUCAAUCCUCUUACGAACUCUCUGAAAUAUGCACUAGAGCAUCAGAGAGAGGACUAGAACCAUUUGGAGGAGUAGCUACUACCUUGGAUGCUGAAUCACUGUUGAAUAAUGGCAGUUUAUUCUGUUUCUUGCCUAUGAAUAUACCUAGCUGUCUACCUGUUCAUUUAAAUGCCCAUUUUCUUGUUGAUGAUUCAAGGAGACAUUUAGAGAGUCUACCAGGACUGGAGAAAUGGAAUUCCAGCAUUGCUGAGCAUUUGUUAUUGCCAGCUUAUAUUGAUCUACUCCUUGAAGCACGAAAGGAAGUAGAUGGAUCUGAAAAGAGUAUAAAAUGGUUUUACAGCCUUUUUCCUAAUAUAUCAGAUUCAAGCUCACUUCAGACAUCUGAAGCUAGUCCUCUAAACCUAAACGUGUUACUUUAUUCCAAAUUACUACAAGAAAAUUGCCCUGUACUACUCGAUGCAAGUGGCUUAAAGAAUGGAGACAUUAAAUGGUUAAAUAUGAAUAUCGGGCAGUUUUGUAUUGAUCGUACUUUUAGUCAUGAAAACAAACUUGUGGUAGGUGCUAAAGAACUUGAGCCAGUGUUUGUAUCCUUAGACUUGCCAAUAACACGAGCACCUGCAUAUCUUUUUAGAAGCUUUGUUAGAAUAAAUAGUGGUUAUAUCAAAACUGGUCUUUUAACACCAAACAAAGUCCUUAAUCAUGUUAAAACUAUUGAUCGCAAAUUAUAUGAAAAUACAUUAAAAGAAAAAUGUCAAGGUUUGCUUUCUUUUUGUACUCAACAUCGUAGAAGUGAUGAGAUACAUGAAUGCUUGAAAGGUGCCCCACUGCUACUGACACUAGCUGGUACUUUAAAUUUUACAGGGAAGUUAUUUGAGUCUAAGUUUUCUGUCCUCCUUCCUCAUCAGAAGGAAUUGUUUGUGAGUCCAUCAAUGGAGGCCAAAUUGCUACAAGAUGGAAGAUUUGGAAAUGUCAUUGUCCCUCUUCCUGUAAAUCAUGUUUCUAGCUCAAUAAAUUUAAGCAAAGUCAGCAGUCCAAUGAAGCUAUCUGAUGAUGAAGUUCAACUUGUUAAACAUCUCUGGAACUACCUUAUACACAUGAACUCCUUUUUAUUUCCUUCAUAUGUUAGUAUAGAUCAGUUCCAGCAUAUGCCUAUACUACCAGCCACCAGUGGAUUCUAUUAUCCUCCUAUUUUAGGAAAAUGUUUGUUUAAUCAAGGAGUAGGUAGCAAUUCACAUGUUUUAACAGCAAUGUUAAAGUUGGGUUAUGAGACAAUAUACUUUAGUCAAGUAGGUCAAGCUCUUGCCCCACAUUUUGUGAAUUCUUACAUAUCAAGUUCAUCUUCUUGCUCUGAUAUUAUACAAUGUUUAAACCUACGUCCUCCAAAUCUUAAUGUUAGUUUUAAUGAAGAGGAAGUGACUCAUAUCAUAUCUGUAUUGUCACAAGCAGAUGAAAUCAGUGAUAAAAUUAUCGCUAUUCUAAAACAGUUACCAAUAUUUGAAACAGUCAACAAAACAUACAUAAAAGUGAGCAGUGCGAAGUUUCACAUUAAACCAUUGCUAGUUCCUAGUGCAGGUAUUAUAACAAUACAACAGACAAUCAAUCAACUAGUACUAGCAAAUCCUAGCAGUCAAGCUGACACUCUAUAUAAAAAAAUUUUUAAAGGUGACUAUGAAUCUGCACAAGCUGGUGGGGAAUGUGGAUUUUAUCUCAAUUACCUCAUUCCUCAUUUUUCCUAUCUGACCGAGUCUGAGCUGGAAGUACACCUUGACUUCAUCAAACGUAGUUACUUUUAUUCUUCUUCUCAUUUUUUGACAUUACAAAUUAAAGAGUGGCAACCUGUAAUUGCUGCAUUAAAGAAAACCCCACUACUUAUGAGGCAACAAGAUGGCAGUGGUGGAAUAAGGCAGUUAGUGUCAAAAUUCUGUGACCCUAACAUAAAAUUUAAUGUUGUUUUCCAAGAGUCAUUGCUUCCACCUAUGAAAUGGAGAUCAGAUGAAUGGUUACCAUUUUUGAGAGAGCUGGGACUGCAAUCAAAAGUGAGUACAAGUGUAUGGCUAGAUAAAGCACGAAAAUUUAGCAAAGAAAUUGAGAAGAUAAACAAGAGAGCGAAACCACCAGAUAGCAUAAUGGACAAAUCAACUGUUCUCAUUGCAUCAUUAGAAAAUAUUAUCAGUUCCAUCAAUUCAUUCUAUUUUGGUUAUCAAGAAAAGGAAGGCUCAGAUAAAAUUGAACUACCAGAGGAAAUUUCACGUUUUUUAGCUGAAGCUUCAAAAAUCCAAUUCAUAUACUGCCCUGAACCUUGUAAGUUAGUAGCUCACAUUGAAACUAUUACUGGUGAAUCACCAGUUCAACACCAAUACUUCAUUAGUUUUCAUGAAGCUGUAUUUUACAGGAGUGCAAAUAAGACUUGUUUGGUUAGAAAAGUUUUACCAGCAUCUUGUCAGUUUCUUCAAAAUUUUCAUUUCAAAAUAAAUAACAAGCUAAGCAUUAGAGAGCCUAUUAAUUUGAAAGCAGUCGUCAAGAAUUUAGUAGCACUGUCUGAAGCUCUGUCAACUGUAAAAGUAUUUAUUCCCUCCCUUGAGUCAACAAGAGCAAUUAGAAGGGUAAAAGAAAUAAUUGAAAGUCAUUACUCUUUCAUGGAAUCAAAUUUGGAUGAAAAGAUGAUUCGUGAGCUGACAGAAGUCUCUUGUGUGUUACUAACAACAAGUCAACUCACAUAUCAACUAGUGAAACCAAGCCAGCUUGUUAUUGAUCUUCCCAAUAAAUCAGACUUUCAUCCUUUUUGCUAUGGAACUCCAAUUGAACUUAUGAGAUACAGUAAGUUAUUAAAUGUUCUUGGAAUAAAGAAGAAACUUGAACCAACACAAUAUAUAUCAAUAUUAAAAGCCAUUAAAAAUGAGCUAAAACAUGGAAAGUUAACUGAAGACAAACAGUUUGAAAAGGUGUGUCAGUCUGCUUAUAUUGCACUUGUAAAAGACUUGCGAUUACUUCAAGAGAUGCCAAUAUUUUCUAAAGAUGUCGUUAUAUAUCUUCCUUCUGAUGGUCAGGAACUGGUAGCAUCAACAGAGCUGGUACAUAAUGAUGUUCCAUGGGUAGCUAGUCGGUUGAAAAAAUCGAGUCAAUUGUUAAAGUAUAAGUUUCUACAUCCUCCACCUCCAGAUGACAGAGGGCAAAUGGCACCACCAUCUUGUCUUAGAGUUAAACUUCUCAGCAAUUUAGCUGUUGAGAAACUAAGCACUUUCACUACUGAUAGAUUAAACAAGUGUAGUGAUCAGGAACUUUUUGAAAACAAAAAGCAUAAAACUAAUUGUAAAGCAGUUCAAAUCCUUGAAGACACUAUCCAUUCACAUGAUUUCACUAGAGGUAUUGGUCGUUUGUACUGGCACCAACAUCAGAAGCAUCCAAAGAAAGAUGCACAGUUUUGCCUUCAACUUUUGUCAUUGAGCAAGUGUGAGAUUCAUUGUGUAAAAGACAUAACAACUAUUAUUCACUUGGAAGGAUCGGCAAUGAAGAAUACAGAAGAUUCAUCUAGACUUUGCUAUAUUGUGACCACUGGACAUCAACCUCCAGAACAAAAACAGGGAGAAAAACAAGGACAGGAAAAACAAAGCGUGCAGUUGUAUAUUUCUCAUAAAGGUGCCAUGAAUGAAGACAAACUUUUUGAAGAGCUGGCAAAGGAGAUAGGCCACCAUUUAUUACACAGUACUGGUGAUACAGUAAAUAUCAAAGAAAUGUUUAGAUGCUUUCCUCAUCAGAUAUCAAUGGUAUUGGAUAAGUUAAAAAUAUCCCCAUUCAAUCUACAGUCCUCUGGUGAUGGUACUGAUUUAUCUUCAAGUGAUCAAGACGUAGGAUGCCUUAUUUAUGAUCAUACCUUUUCAAAAGAAGAGUUUAUAAUCUUUUGUAACUAUGAUAAAGAUGAGAAGGUUAUUUUUCAUUACCUGGAGAAUGGAAAGGAAUGUUUUGUUUAUGCUAAAGUUGUUGAUUAUACUCCAAAAACUGAAUCAAGAUUGAGCGACAUGUGUAUCAAAGUAUGCAUAGGAAACACUGACAAAGGAGAUCCGAUAAUAAAAAAGGCAUCUUUGUUUCAAGUAUACAAACUGCUUGAUAUGCCACAAAAGAAUUACCUUGAGAAUGGAUCCUCAUCUCCAUAUGUGUCACCAUUGAUAAUUUCCCCUGUGCCACAAACUGAAGAAAAAUUAGAAAAAUGGAUGAGAGAUACACUAGUUUACAAUGGAAAGAACUCGUGUUGCUCUGCAAAACAGCUCUCAAUGAGACUGACUGGACACUUACAUUAUGUACUGGUACGCAAUAACAAAGGGCCCGAACUAUUUGUACAAGCAUCCAAAACAAUAUUGGAUAUUAUCAGUGAAGAGGAUAUUGCAUUGGGUUCAACAAUACAAGCUGUAGAGGAUCUUGUAAAAAAGUUAGAAUCACUUUCUAUUCAUGAUGAUUCUAUUGCUGGUGAGCCACAGACUCCACCUCUCACUGCUACCAUACCAACUAAUUUUCUAUAUAUGCAAGGCUCUGCAAGAAUAUCCACUUCUCUUCCUAGAAGGCAACUCUUUAAUCGAUCACCAAACACACAACGGCAGCCAACAGUUCCUCAACCUACAAGUUCCAUACCAGUGUAUAGGAUAAACCCACCUGGAGGAAGUGGAUAUAGUAUAGGAGGAAGUGGAUAUAGUGGAGGAGGAAGUGGGUAUAAUGGAGGCAGAGGAGGAGUGAGUGGAAUAAGAAUAAUAGGGAAUAGCAAUCCUUUUGUCACUAGGACAUUACUUCCAGAGACUACUAUACAGCCUCAGCAGCCUCAGACUGACAAGAACAAAGCUAAAAUGUGGCUACAGCAGUGUAAAGCAGAUUAUCUUGCUGCAAUUACUGCAUGGACUUCUGGAGAAAAUUUACUUGAAAACCAGGAAGAAGAGGAAGAAAAAGAGAAAUUAGAAGAAAAGGAUAAGAAUUUAGUUGAUGAUAAACAAGAAAAAGAGGAGGAAGAGGAUCAAGAAGAAGAGGAGGUGAAUGAAGAAGAAGAAGGGAAGGUAAAGGAAAAAGAGAGGAAGGAAGGAAAGGAAUAUGGUGAAGGUGAGGAAGAAGACGAGGAAGAUGAUUAUGAGGAUGAUAAAGAUGAAAAAGAGGAAAAAGAAGAGGAUCUGAUAAAGGAAAAAGAGGAGAAGGAAGAAGAUGAAGAAGAUGAGGAAGAUGAUGAUGAGGAUGAUAAGGAUGAAAAAGAGGAAGAAGAGGAUCUGGUAAAGAGAAAAGUAGCCACUCAGCAUAAAGAAACUUGUCGCUUUCCAGCACUGAUAUGUUUUCUGUGUCAUGAUGUUGUGGAGAAGUGUCUUAAAGGCCUUAUGUAUGCUAGAUGUGGUCUACCUGAAUUUCUAAUUAAUGACAGUUGCCUAACAAAAAUCAGUACUGAAAUACAAAAAUCGCCUCACAUACAGAAGAGAAUCAAAGAUAUUGUGAAGGAGUGUGUCUUACAAGUCAGUGAGCAUGAUAAUAGAAGCAGAUAUCCUCAUUAUCAGAUACCACCUUGUGCACCAGCUAGUGUUUAUAGUUCAUUAGAAGCAAUGGAAGCAUUGAGAGCUACUAGGAAACUAAUAAACAAGAUAAGAGAAGAUGAUGAAUUGAAGGAACUGUUAGGUGACAUUGAUGAUUUACCAGAAAAAAUGUUUGAUGUUUUAGUCCCUGUCUCUGGAAACAGUUUUCCUGAAUACUGGGAUGAUCACACUGAAGAAGAUGGCCACCUUAAGCUUGUUUUAUUGAGUCCACUCUCUGAUGAAUAUUGCCGAGUUAUUGCAUGGUUUCAAGGUACUUUACCGAAUGUUACAAUUCAUCGUGUGGAACGGAUUCAGAAUAAACUACUUUGGCAAAGAUACUUGGAUUGUGCUAAAAGAAGCAUUCAAUUUGGUGUUGUUGAUCGUGGGAAAAAGUUAUUUCAUGGCACUAGAAGUAAUGAUCCUAAGGAAAUAUAUGGAGGAGAUUCAAGUUUUGACAUGCGUUUUAGUAACAAUGGAUUGUGGGGGCAAGGAAAUUAUUUUGCUGUCAAUGCCUCAUACUCUCAUAAUUAUGCUCAUACUGCAGGCCCAUAUAAGCAAAUGUUAGUAGCAACUGUCUUGACUGGACUCUCUUAUUAUUCUCAGCCCAGUCCAUAUCGCAAGCCUCCUUGGUGUUCUACAGCAGGUGGUAUAAACCGUCGUUAUGAUAGUGUUUAUGGAGAUACAGGUGGCUCUAGAGUAUACAUUACUUAUGACAAUGAAAGAGCUUAUCCUAUGUAUCUUAUAACUUAUGCAUAACAUACAAAACUUAUGUAUUAAUUUGACUAUUCAUUAGUGUAGAAAAUUGUAGUAAUUGUUACUUUUUUGGUUAACAUUAGCUAAUUUCUAUGACUUGUCACAAAA